AUGGGAUCCCCUUCAGUCUCUACCCACAGAGGACUUGUCCACUGGCAAGGGCUCCUGCUGGUUGUCUCACUUUUAAACUUCUGGAGCCAGCCCACCACAGCCCAAGUGACAGUUGAGUCGACCAAUGCUCUCGAAGGGACGGAUGUGACUCUACGUAUCCACCAUACGGCUCCCAAUACAGCAGGCUUUCUGUGGUACAGGGGAGAUACCACUGACAGCAAUCAUAUUAUUGCAUAUCUUAUAGAAGACCAAACAAUCCAUGUAAGAGGUCCUCCAGGUGGACAAGUGAUAGUAAACUAUAAUGGGUCCUUGGUAUUAAAGAAUGUCACCAUGAAAGAUGCAGGAAUCUACACUGUACUGGUCCAACUACAAGGCUGCCAAAAAAUGAUAGCAUGUGGACGGCUUACUGUAUACCCACUCCUGAGUGCACCAACCCUCACAGCCAGCAACACCACAGUCACAGAGAAUCAGGAUGUUGUGGUCUUCACCUGCUACACAGACACUCCUGGCAUCCAGUGGUUGUUCAAUGGCACAAAUUUGCAGCUCACGAAGAGAAUGAAGCUGUCACUUGACCACAGAAACCUCACCAUAGACCCUGUCCAAAGAGAGGAUGAUGGUGACUACUGGUGUAAAGGCUUCAACCUCAGGAGUUCUGGGAAAAGUAAUAAGCUCAAGCUGGAUGUGAAAUAUCAGUGA